UUGGAAUAGUUGUGUUAUGUUUCAUAACGUUCAGGGAAACGGAGACUAUAGGAAACAGCACUUAUCAUACAUCCGAUGACAAUUGUCGCAGUCCACCACAGGGAGUGAAUUUAUCCACCUGUUGCAAGGCACCAAUUCCUUUUGAUGCCGAGGUGUUGGCGAAAUGUCAAACUGCACAGUUAAAGUGGAUAUCGAAUAAAAGCAACGGCAAAUCAGACAUGUGCGGUUCCGAGUGCAUCAUUGCCCAAACGAAAGAUAUAUCGAAAUUUUUCACCACCAUAACACUCGGAUCUCCUGUACUUUGGUUAGAAUGGCUUUCGAUGUAUUUCACCUCAUUGAGCUACUGUACUUUGAACAAAAACUAUUGGGAGCAUUAUUUCACUAUCGCAGUAGGCAGUAAUGCAACGACAGUUGAUGUUUGCGAGGUGGAUUUACUGGCUGUGGCAGAUUGCAUAAGCAAAAACACUUUUCUAACAUGCCCGAGUCGCAACGAAAGUAAGGAGUGCAUGGCGGCAGUCAGUUUUUUGAGUAACUCUUGUUUGUACAGUGAUCUGAUAUCCCGUAAUUUCUCCUAACAAGAAUUGAAGUUUAAUAAAAUUUUCGGAUUGUUA